AUGCCUAUUGAAUUUACCGUCUUCAAAGGGUCCAAAGAUGGAACGAUUCGAGAGGAAGUCACACGGCGCGACGAACUCAGGGGCGACAAUGUGUUGGUUCGAAUCACCCACUCCGGUGUUUGCUUUACCGAUGUCUAUUACCGAAAUGUAGACAUGGCCCUCGGUCACGAAGGAGCGGGUAUUGUGGAAGCGACCGGCCCUGAUGCCAAGAUCUUGAAGAAAGGCGACCGUGUAGGUUGGGGGUACGAGCACGAUUGCUGUGGCCACUGCCGCCAGUGCCUGACCGGCUGGGAAACUCUGUGCCCUGAGCGAAAGAUGUACGCCGGGGCCGAUUUAGAUCAAGGAUCAUUCGGAUCUCACGCCGUGUGGCGUGAAGCAUUCCUUUUUAAGGUCCCCGAAAACAUGAGUAACGAGGACGCCGGCCCUUUGAUGUGCGGUGGAUCGACUGUUUUCAACGCACUUCACGUCGCUCAGGUUCGUCCGACCGCUCGCGUGGGGGUGGUCGGAGUUGGUGGUCUGGGCCAUCUGGCCAUCCAAUUUGCUACCAAGAUGGGCUGCAAGGUCAUCGUUUUCUCUGGAACGGAUAGUAAGAAAGAGGAAGCUUUGAAGCUGGGCGCUUCCGAGUUUCAUGCAACCAAGGGUGUCAAGGAGUUGAAACUAGAAAAGCCUAUCGACAACCUCCUUGUGACUACCAGCAGCCAACCAGAUUGGCAGCUGUACCUCAACGUGAUGGCUCCCAACGGUGUCAUUUCGCCCCUCUCGGUUGAUUCGAAUGACCUGAAAAUCCCGUACAUGCCUGUGCUAUCAAACGGACUCAGGAUCCAGGGAGGAAUUGUGUCUGCGAGACAGGUGCACCGCGACAUGCUCGAAUUUGCGGCUCAUCAUAACAUCAAGCCGAUAAAAAUGACAUUCCCGAUGAACUUGGAAGGAGUGAAGGAUAGUUUGAAGACUCUGGAAGAUGGCAAGAUGCGGUACCGAGGUGUGCUAGUUGCUGGUAACUGA